AUUAAUAUUUUGCAAAGCAAACUCAUGACAGCACUCCGGCUGCAGCGCAUGGCGACGAUGACUACGCUGUCGUACUGGACUGGUGGAGACUGACGUGAAGAACUUUUAAUUAUUUAGGUUUUGGUUGGUAUACGCCUAAAAAUGUCGAAAUUGAAUCUGUCCAAGCUGAACGCGCUUAAGAAGACAUCUAAAGGUGCCGACACCGUGAAGUCGGCCGAAAAGAAGAAGCAAGUGUCAAUUUCUAGGUUCUUUACGCCGGCGAAACAGCAGCGCCUGUCCGAUGUCAUUAUCGAUGUGGACUCGUCAUGUUCGUCAAAUAAGGAGAGAAAUGGUACCGAGGUUGAGGUGCCAUCUCCUUUCAGGAAACGAUCUCAUGUCUCACCCAGCCAGGAAGAGACAUCAGGCAACAAAAGACAGAGAAUUCAAACAGAAACUGAAAUCAGUCCCAUCUCAAGCCACACCCAGCACAAGUUGAACAGCUUCAAGUCCGGUAUGCACCAAGACCCCAUCAACUCAGAGAUGCCUGUCGUCAACAUCAGCCACAAUUCUGCCAGCCUCAAUCCAACACAGGACAGCGAAACAGUACAUACAUGUGGGGGUCAAAACUUGGGCCAAAGAUUGACGAAUGAGGAAGCAUCGGGAGAUCGGAACGAAGCAGACAGCGAUGAAGAUUUUUCAAACAUUGUGUCAUCAUCCAAGUACAAUCCCCACCCGUCAUCACAGUGUGAGAAUACACCCUCCUCAUCCCUGGCGGAAAGAUUUAAGUUCGGCUCGCACAAAGGAGGCAAAGCCUGCGCCGAGGAAGGCAAAGCAACUUCCAGGAUGUCACCAAAGGAGGGUCCCUUGAGGGGCGUAAAGUACACCCCUCUGGAACUGCAGUUUCUGGAGAUCAAGAAGCAGUACCCCGAUGCCUUGUUGUUUGUGGAGUGUGGCUACAAGUAUAAAUUCUUCGGGCAGGAUGCUGAGAUUGCAGCCAAAGAACUUAACAUCUUCUGCCAUCCAGACCACAACUUCAUGGUGGCCAGUAUCCCCGUCCAUCGCCUCUUUGUCCACACCCGGCGACUGGUUGCCAAGGGCCACAAAGUGGGUGUGGUCAAGCAGACGGAGACCGCCGCGUUGAAGGCGGCCGGGGACAACAGGAGUGCUCCCUUUCAGAGAAAGCUGUCCGCUCUGUACACCAAGUCCACGCUGAUUGGAGAAGAUGUGGACCCCGUGAUCGGCAGUCUUGCGUCUGAUCCCACUGACGGUGAGGUAUCGUCUGUCGUCCCUAGCAACUACCUACUUUGCCUCAGCGAGUUCACUAAACCCAGCAGCAAGGCACGCAAGAAUGCCAGUGUGGAAUUUGGAGUCGUGGCCAUCCAGCCUGCUACGGGCGACAUCAUCUAUGACAGUUUCCAUGACAACGACCAUCUGAGCGAGUUGGAUACCCGCAUUCAUCACAUCCAGCCGGUCGAGCUCUUGCUGCCCACUGUCUUGACGGAGAAAACGGAGAAGCUAGUACAAGACAUUGUCUCAAGCAGCACAACUGAGGAUGACCGCAUCCGCAUCGAGAGAAUGGACAAUGAGCAUUUUGACUACAGCGAAGCCUUGGAUGUUGUCACCGCAUUCUACAGCCUCGAGGACGAGAGGGACGAAGAGCAGGAGACGGAGAAAUGGAAGCAACGCAGAGAUUGUGCAAACAGAAAGCUUCAAGAGGUCAUCAAUCUACCAGUGCCGGUCAUCUGUUGUCUGGCCGCUCUGCUCAGAUACCUGAAAGAGUUCAACCUCCAUCGAGUCCUGAAAAUGACCAGUAACUUGGUAUCUUUCUCGGCUAGAAAUCAGUGCAUGAAGCUGGACGCCUGCGCACUACGAAAUCUGGAAAUAUUUAAAAAUCAGACGGAUGGAUCCGGAAGAGGGAGUCUCUUCUGGGUCCUUGAUCACACCAAGACUAGGUUUGGCAGCCGGCUGCUACGAAAGUGGCUGGCAAUGCCGCUGAUGGAACUCAGCAACAUCCAGUGUCGCCAGGAUGCCGUGGAGGAACUAAUGCACUCGGACUGUGAGGCAAUGAGUCGGGCCAGGGAUCUACUGAGCAAGGUACCAGACCUGGAGAAAGGCAUCUGCAGUAUCUAUCAUAAGAAGUGCUCGUCAGCGGAGUUCUACACUGUUGUCAAGUCCCUAAGCAAGCUAUGUCACACGUUGAGCUCCUUGCAGCAGCUGGCCAAGCGAGAAAUGACCUCGGAGCUCUUAAAGGUCAUCUUCACAGAGACGCCGUCACUGCUUGAAGGAGUGAAUGAAUUCCUUCUUUCCAUCAACGAGAAAGCAGCAAAGGAUGGGAAUAAGACUGAGCUGUUUUGUGACACAUCUCCUUUCCCUGGUGUGGAACGCUGUCAGAGAAGCAUCAGUGAAGUUCUCCAGAAGAUACAAGACCAUCGAAGGGAAGUUCGAAAGGUUCUCCGAAAGCCAACCCUGGAGUAUGUCACUGUAUCCGGAAUGGAGUUCCUGAUUGAAGUAAGGAACAUCUUGAUCAAGGAAGUGCCCAGCAACUGGGUCAAGAUCAGUUCGACGAAGCAGGUGACGCGAUUCCACAGUCCAUUUCUGGUGCAAGCCUACAAGACAUUGUCUCAGUUACGGGAGCAGCUUGCUGUUGAGUGCCAAAGAGCUUGGCUCCAGUUCCUGGAUUUAUUCGGUGACCAUUAUUUUGCCUAUCGGAAAGCCAUCCAGCAUCUUGCAGCUUUAGACUGUCUAUUCUCAAUGGCCGAGUUAGCUCAGCAGGAAGGAUAUUGCAGGCCAGUAUUCAAUGAAGAUGGUCCCUCUAUUCAUAUUGAGAAUGGUCGACAUCCUGUCGUUGAUACACUGUUGGGUGAACAAGAGCAGUACGUGCCAAACAGCACCGCCCUGCAGGGGUCAGGUCAGCGUUGUAUGAUCAUCACCGGUCCCAACAUGGGCGGUAAGAGCAGCUACAUCCGGCAGGUAGCGUUGAUUACUAUCAUGGCUCAGAUUGGCUGCUGGGUACCGGCGGAGUCGGUCAGCCUAGGCGUGGUGGAUGCUAUCUAUACAAGAAUGGGCGCCUCUGACAACCUGGCGCAGCAUCGCAGCACUUUCAUGGUCGAGCUACAAGAAGCCUCGGACAUUCUGAGCCGAGCCACUCCACGGAGCCUGGUCAUUCUGGACGAGCUGGGCCGGGGGACCAGCACCCACGACGGUGUGGCCAUCGCGCUGGCCACAGCGAGACAUUUCAUUCAAGAGGUGCAAUGUCUGUUACUGUUUGUAACCCACUACCCACCAUUAGCGGAGCUGGAGAGGCAGUUCCCAGACCACGUGACCAACUAUCACAUGUCAUUCCUGCUACAUGAAGAUGAAAAAGAAAAAGAUGACACAGUGGACAUCAUUACUUUCUUGUACCAACUGGUACCCGGCAUGGCGGCUAGAAGUUACGGUCUAAACGUCGCCAGACUUGCGGAGAUCCCCGCAGAGGUCAUCAAGAUGGCCGCCGUGAAGUCACAUGAUCUGGAGGAGGUUGUCUUGGCAACCAGAGCAAAAAGAUCAUCUUUUGUCCAAUUGUGGGGAUGCUCGUCAGAAAACACCAAGAACACCAUAACCAAUUUUUGUACAUCAAAACAAGCAUAAUUGAGCAUGUUAUGGUGUUAUACCGACACGUUUUUUUAAAGUCGCUUCAUUUUUUAAGCAUUAUUAGUUGCGCAUAUUAUUCCAGGCUCUAUGGGCUCCGUGCGCCAAUGAAGAGGGCGCCCUUUUACCUAGCAACGACGUCCUAUGGGCUGGACAUUUAGUUGGUUGACGCGCACCGUUCCUUGUGUGUGAUGUAUGUACACCAGGGGAUUUGUACUAUGUACACGCAGUGGUACCGCCGCGCGUCGAGGCAAACUUGCAGUCAGGCAAGAUGGCGUCGGUCGGUCACCCCUAACUGUACUUUCUUUGCCGGUGAGGGGGUACUCAUGAACGGAGCGGAUAUCGGCAUAAUCUGACCUUUUAUGGUGCAUUACGGUUUUAUAAAACAUAAUCAAGAACUUUUAAGACCACAUCUGUUAAUAGAGCAUGUUCUUAACUUCUUUGAUAUUUUUGGGAUACACUUGUAAAUUCAUUCAUAAUCUCCGUUUAUCGUUUUGAUUUUUCAGUAAAGACUCGUUGGGAAAAGGUUGUCUUUUCAUCGAACUGAUUCUGAAACAGUUAUAUUGACCAGAAAGCAAAUAUUCAUCUUUUGAAUGUGAAUAAAAUUGAAAUGUGAUCGAUUAGAUCUCAAAUCACUUUUGAGUCAAGUUUACGUCGGAUCACAAGACAGGUCGCAAAUAACAGUACUAUAUAGAUGAAUGACAAACGAAUGCCUGAAUUUUUCACAGGUCAUUCGAACCGCGUGCCACUGUUUCAUAUUUUUUUAUUCAUUCAUUCUUUUAUUUUACAUAUAAUUGGUGUUUACACAAUAUAUACGAAAAUAAAAAAUAAACGUGGAUGGGGGUCUCCAAGAAGCAAAUGCUUGUCGAGUAGGUACCCCCAUUAAUAUUAAUUGACAAUUACAUGUACAUAUUGUAUUGACACAAAAAAACACAUAUACAACAAAAAGGACAAUAAGUCUUGUAACCCUAUGGGCCUUAUUCCGAGUUGGCCAUUUUUGUCAAGUUCCCUGAAUGUAUUUCAUUAAUUGUUAACUGUUAGUGGGAUGGUGCCAGACUUUUUUAUGCAGGCACAAUGCAGCCUUAUUUUAGUGCCAUUUUUUUUUUUAAAUAUGGCUUUAAACAUAAGAGAAUGUUUACUUACACUGUUAAAUAAUUCAUUGAAGCCGACUGGAAUUUAUUAAACAUUAAGUUGCUUUCAUUUCUCUUCGCAAGUUCCAAAAAUUACUUUCAAUUCCAUAUGGCCGACUCGUGAAUAAGGCCCAUGAGACAUGUAAACAAGUAGACUAAUUUUUUAGUAUAUACUCAUCAGUAAGUAGUUUGGCCUUAUUUUUUUGUUUAAAUAAUGGAAGAGUCAAUUUUUUUUUUUAUAGAAACAUCUAGGGAAUUCCACAACUUGGGGCCCUCAUUUUUCAAGUUGACUGUAUUUUGGGCGAGAGUCGUACGAGCAAAGGAUUGACGAAAUGCUGGUGCUUUUGUUCACUUUUUGUAAACAUGGAAUAGAUGAAGUUGGGUAAACUUUUUAAAGGCCAGAUGACUUUUGUUUUGUACUUGUGAUGAAUUGAAAACAACAUUGGCAUUAAAAAACAAUACAAUUAUAUAGAGAAAGUAACACUUUAAAGACUAAUCAAACUUAAAAUGAACAUGGCAUUAGCUUUCGUAACUACAGCUACUUCAUAAGAUGUAAUUAAAAAAUUGUGUAUUAUAGAAAAUAGGCUUGUUUGUGCUUUCGGUUUGCGUUUUUACAUUGCCGUCUUAGGCAUGGUCUGCUACGAAAAGUUCACGCGCGAAUUAAGUUGUCACAUUACUUACUGCAAUGUAUGCUUUGGGUUCAUACUUUAAUGUCAUCAAAUCAAACGACCUUUGGCAUCCAAGGUCACCACAAGAGGGCCCACUCUAUACCAACUCCUUAACUGACGUGAUUUUGUCUAACUUUUGUGGGGGUUUUUUCUUAAUGGCAAAAACAUUUCAAAAAAAA